CCGGAUAUCUUCCAGGGGCGGAGCCAAGGGAAGAAGACGACGCGCCAGUGGCUGAUGGCGUGAGAGGCUCCAAGAGCGGGAUGUGGAAGAUAAGACUUGCAUCCGAGGAUGAUGGCACGGCCCAGCAGAACGAAGCCUCCCAACGAUGUGUCCUUGCGGGCAUCGUCCUCAAAGGCACGGGGGAGGCUUUCGGGCCAAUUGGAAUGAUACGCUUCGUGAUACCCUCGAGCGACCCGCCGACCCCCAUCUUCACACAUGUCCCGAAACACACUUCACUGGACUUUGAUAGAUGAACUUCCCACGUGCGACGAAUGCCACUCGCCUAAUGGUACCGUUACGCGACGUCGAUGCAUGGGGAUCCAGCCGCCUGGGCUCGCUUGGGUCGGCCAACCCUCCCCCAACCUACACCCCCAACAUCCCCCAAGUCACGACGAGAUAUCCAGCGGGAUGAGUCGACACUCGGUGACUAGUCUGGCACUGGACAGGUCCACCUUACCGCUGUGGCGGCACAAUCACAGGCUGAAGCUAGACAGGGCACCAAAGAACCUACGACGCUUGUUCGGGGGAGGAACUUUCGGCGCGUGUUUCGUGGGCAUCGAGUCCAGCUCGGCCACGCCACAAGAGACGGCGUCCACGCCGUGUCAACUUGAUAGAGAUAACGUUUUGGUAGGGGCGGGAGCGCUCGCUCCCGUACAAGCCAGGCUUCCCCCAUGCCGUCCCAAUCGGACUCGUCCCUUCACCUCCAAAGGAGAAAGUUCGGGUGAGCCGGGGUGGACGAUGACGUGCUCUGGACAGGGACACUUGUGGUUCGCGAUAGGGCUGAGAAAGAAGCAACGAUAUCUCUCUGAAAGCCUUGCGCAGCUGGGUUCGACAUCUUGAUCCAGCUGUCUCACCGACAGGUUUAGUCCGUAUCGGGCAGAGAACUUCUGCCGUGUAAGUGGUGCGGACCGGGCGCCGAUGGU